AAAAAACCAAUCAUAACCACUAUGGACGCAAUCAAGGUGAUCGGUCCUAGAACCGUGGAGAUCCAGGGCGUGCCGUUGCCGAGGUUGCGAGAUGACUAUGUCUUGUGCAAAGUAAACCAAGUCGCAAUAAAUCCGACUGACUGGAAGCACAUAGACUUCGCUCCAGCGCCCGGAGCUACAUCAGGAUGUGACUUUGCCGGUGUAGUUGAACAGGUGGGGCCUGCCGUCACCAAGAAUUGGAAAAAGGGAGAUCGUAUUGCAGCCUUUGUCCACGGUUGUAACGCGACUGAAAUCGAGGACGGAUGCUUUGCCGGGUUUGCCGUCGCCAAAGGAGACUUGCAAAUGAAGAUCCCCGACAAUUUGAAUGACGAACAGGCGGCCACACUGGGUGUCGGAGUAACUACAGUGGGCCAGGCACUGUAUCAGACCCUAGGAUUGCCGCUUCCACACUCCAGCCCUUGUGGAGUUCUAUUGUUGGUCUAUGGGGGCAAUGACCCAGGUCUGGCUAUGAAGUCAUCACGACUUGUUCACCUCGCAAUAUUCCGUUCGUCCAAAAAACUUGGAGCGGGCAAAGCGUUCAACUACAAAGAUCCCGCUUGUGGUGCAAACAUUCGCAAGUACACAAGCGAUGGGCUUAGGUUUGCUUUUAAUUGCAUUUCGGAUGACAACUUAGCAAAAAUAUGCUGUGAGGCGAUAUCAUCCGGCGGAGGGAAGAUGUGCUCUCUUAACCCCACGACAAUUCCGCGGACAGACGUGGAGAAUAUUCGCACGCUUGCUUACACCGCCAACAACGAGGAAUUCGCCAUGGGAGACUCCUUGAUUUCUGCAAAACCGGAUGAUCUGGAGUUUGGCAAGAUGUUCUGGGAGCGAGCAACGAACUUGUUUGCCCAGAAUAAGGUCAUCACGCAUCCAACCAUGGCUUGCACGGGUGGCUUGAAGGGCGUUCUGCAGGGCAUCAAUCAACUUCGAGAGGGAAAAGUGAGUAGGAAGAAGCUAGUGUAUAGUCUAGAUUCGUGA